AUGUAUUUCCAUGCGCUCUGUGUUAUUCUGCUUCUUCACAUCAUCACUCAUGGGACCGUAACAGCGAAGGCGUUCAUGCUGAAAAACGCGAUAGACUGGGCUCCCCAGGAAGCUUACGAGAGCGCAGCUGCCUAUUUUGGAGUGUUCCCUACGUUCAUGUAUUUCCAUGCGCUCUGUGUUAUUCUGCUUCUCAACAUCAUCACUCAUGGGACCGUAACAGCGAAGGAAUGUUCUGACCGUGGAGAAGCAUCGUUAUGUGCAGCUCACGAGGAAAAGGGCGACUGCAAGAGACCUGAACACGAAGAACAGAUGAAGCUGAUAUGCAAGAAAACGUGUGAAUUUUGUGCAUAA